AGGAGUUGCCCAGUCCAGCCCCUGACUAGAUUCACCAACACACUCUGCCAAGCGAGUGACUCUGCUCUUCUGAUUUCAACCCUUUGUCCAGCAACACCACAUCUACCGCGGCAUUGCAUAAGUAUGGUGUACCAUCCGGAGUUUGAGAAAGCUGGCCAACAGGCAGGCCUGCAGGUAUGGAGGAUUGAGAAGUUUGACCUGGUGGCUGUGCCAGAGAACCUGUAUGGAAGCUUCUACACAGGCGAUGCCUACCUCAUACUCAACACCAUCAAGCAACGGUCUGGGAACCUCCAGUAUGACCUGCACUUCUGGCUUGGGGACUUCUGCACUCAGGAUGAGAGUGGUGCAGCAGCCAUCUUCACUGUGCAGAUGGAUGACUACUUGGGGGGAAAACCCAUCCAGUACCGUGAGGUCCAGGGUUUUGAGUCCAAAGCAUUCCUUGGGUACUUCAAGGCUGGACUGAAGUAUAUGAAAGGAGGUGUGGCGUCCGGGUUCAAACAUGUGGUCACCAACGAGGUGGUUAUGCAGCGAGUGCUUCAGGUCAAAGGUCGGCGAGUUGUCAGGGCGACGGAGGUGCCUGUCAGCUGGGACAGCUUCAACCAGGGAGACUGCUUCAUCCUGGAUCUGGGCAGUGAAAUCUAUCAGUGGUGUGGCUCCCUGAGCAACCGCUUUGAGAAACUGAAGGCCACUCAGGUUGCCAAGGGUAUCCGUGACAACGAGCGCAGUGGGCGAGCACGUGUGUAUGUGUGCAACGAGGGAGCAGAGAGAGAGAAGAUGAUUGAGGUUCUAGGAGAUAAACCAGACCUGCCUGAAGGAUCUUCUGAUGACUUCAAAGCAGACGCCUCCAACAGGAAGAUGGCCAAACUGUAUAAGGUGUCGAAUGCCAGUGGAGAUAUGGCCAUGUCCAUGGUAGCUGCAGAGAACCCAUUCUCCCAGAGUGCACUGGAGUCCAGCGACUGCUUCAUCCUGGAUCAUGGCUCCGAUGGCAAGAUCUUCGUCUGGAAAGGCAAAGAAGCAAAUAUGGAGGAGCGUAAAGCAGCUAUGAAGGCAGCAGACGAAUUCAUUAAGAAGAUGGGAUACCCCAAACACACUCAGGUACAGAUCCUGCCUGAGAUGGGAGAGACGCCGCUCUUCAAACAGUUCUUCAAAAACUGGCAUGACAAGGACCAGACUGAGGGCUUGGGUGUGGCCUACAUCUCCAACAGCAUCGCCAAGAUCCAGAAGGUGCCAUUCGAUGCCGCCACGCUGCACGACUCCUCCGCCAUGUCCGCCCAGCACGGUAUGGUGGACAGCGGACAGGGAGAGAAGCAGAUCUGGCGCAUCGAGGGAUCUGACAAGGUGGAAGUGGACCCGUCCACACACGGCCAGUUCUAUGGUGGAGACAGUUAUAUCAUCCUCUAUAACUACCAACACGGCGGACGCCAAGGACACAUCAUCUACAUGUGGCAGGGAAGUGACUCCUCCAAGGAUGAAGUUGGUGCCUCAGCCAUCUUGGGCGUCCAGCUGGACGAUGAGCUUGGUGGUGGGCCUGUGCAGGUUGCUGGUGCUCCUAUAACAACCCAGGUGAGGGUGGUCCAGGGCAAGGAGCCAGCCCACCUCAUGAGUCUUUUCGAGGGCCAGCCCAUGGUGGUGUACAGGGGAGGUACGUCCAGAGACGGCGGCCAGUCCGCCCCAGCGGAAACGCGUCUCUUCCAGGUGCGCUCCAACUCGGCGGGGAACACCAGAGCUGUCGAGGUCGACGCCGUGUCCUCCAACCUGAACUCCAACGACGCCUUCCUUCUGGUGACUCCCGGAGCCUCCUUUGUGUGGGUGGGCCAGGGGGCCAGUGACACGGAAAGGAACGGCACCCAGCAGCUGUGUAACAUCCUGGGGGUGUCGGCCUCCGAUCUGGCUGAGGGCGGAGAGACCGAUGACUUCUGGCAGGCCCUGGGAGGGAAGGCUGCGUACCGGACAUCCUCCAGACUCAGAAGCAAGGACAAGAUGGAUGCCCAUCCGCCCAGGCUUUUCGCCUGCUCCAACAAGACCGGCAACUUCAUUAUUGAGGAGGUGCCUGGGGAGAUGACCCAAGAGGAUCUGGCCACUGAUGACGUGAUGAUCCUGGACACAUGGGAUCAGGUGUUUGUCUGGAUUGGGAAUGAAGCCCACGAAGAGGAGAAGACCGAGGCCAUGACCUCUGCUGUGCGCUACAUUGAGACAGAUCCUGCAAACCGUGACCGAAGGACACCCAUCGUGAAGGUGAAGCAGGGCUUUGAGCCCCCCACGUUCACUGGCUGGUUCCUGGGCUGGGAUCACGAGUACUGGGCCAGCGACCCCCUGGACAGGGCCAUGGCUGAGCUGGAGCAGUGAACGCUUACUGACCUUUCACCCCGACACUCCUGGCUCUACCGCACACACUGAGCAGCUCCAGACGUAAGACCGUCAAAUGGUUGAACCCUCUGUAACCCGCCAUUCUCCUGACCUCUGAACCAAUGGGAGAAGGAUGCUUUUCGGAACUAUCAUUUUUUGUGUCAAGAGAGUUUUCGGUUUGAAUAUAUUGCUUUGGUUAGAGUAGAACAGGUUUUCAUGGGCCUGUAUAGCUGAUACAGAGCAAUGGUGCACUAUUUUAAAGUCAGAUCAACAGGAGACUUUAUUCGCUUUUAUUCAUAUGCAAAUGAGUGACCAUAAACAAGGGCUUUAUAGAAACACAUGCUUAGGUCAGGCUGGGUACCAGUUACAAUCUGCAUGGACUUUUAUAUAUUUUGUGACAUAUUUUAUACUUUUAUUUCAAAAAAAAUGAAUAGUGAAAAACAAAGCCUAAUAGUGGUUUUAGAUUUCAAACAAUCUAAAACCAGUAAACUAAACCCUUAGGUGUGUGCAGUGAAGUCACACUGGCUGAUGUUAUGACAUCUUCAAUACUGCCUUAAUGUGUGAUACCUUAGAGGAACUAAGGGAGUGUACCCAGCCAGUGUAUUUAAGUCAGUAUAUACAGGGGUAGGGGAACCCUUCAUUAGAACCUCCCAUUCUAGGCGGACCAUUCCUGUCCUUGCUGUGGUCAGUACUCGCUUGUGUCUGUCAGCAGCCUCUGCAGUACAUUUCCUCACAGAGGAAUCAAAAGCUUUGCUGCUAGAACUAUCCAGAGCCAAAUGUAACAGGUUCCUUAAUUUUCCAAAGGCCUUACUAUUGUUCCAAUAAAACCUCUUCAAUCACUGUCAA